GCUCGGCACAAACUUUCAUUUAAACAACCACCCCUCGCAAUCCACUGAGUGCACACUAACACACACAGGAGGAAGGGUGUGUCUUUUGUGAGUAAGAAAGAGUGGGAGACCAAAUCCAAAAGGCAAAAGGAGACAGAAACAGCAAGACAAAGAGCAAGAGACAGAGCCAAUAUUUUUGAGUGAUUUUGACGGGCAGUUAAGGGCCUACAGUGAAGAAAUUACAAGGAUCAAGUCACUGUGUAAUGGAACUUGGCUGAGAGGACAACAAACUAGUCCACCUGUUCUGUUCUUGAUCUCUGGAUUUGACUUUUAGAGGACCUAACUCAACUUUCAACUUUUUGAUACACUGGACAACUCGGUAAUUGAAGACAGUAAGCAAGCGAAAACCAAGAUUUCUGAGGACAUACUGUACACUACAGCUUUAAGUAAGAACAGUAUACAAUUCUUAAUCUCUAAACCAUUUUUAAAACACUAUAAAAGGACUGAUACUGUAGUGUUAUAUGAUUUACAGAAAUGUUACUCUGUAUGCAUAGUUUAUAGACUUGUGCAGACAAGUAGAGAAAAUACUUCAGACACAAAAUAAAAAUUCAAAAUAUGUCUUAUUUAAAGGUCUAAUUAAAUAUCAUUUACUAUUACAAGCUACUGUACAAACUUCUACAUAACAGUGUAUAAAUGUAACUUGAUCUUAAGCACACUGCUAUAAUUACAAAGCAAGCUCAGGGAAGAAUUACAGACAUUUGUAAUUAAGGACAAUCUAUAAAAGGCAACCAAGGAGAGGGUGAGGUCUGUGACGGAAAAAAAAGUCGGCCACAAGGACACCAAGACAGAGAACAGGACGUCAAUAAUCUCAACAAAAAAACUGCUGCUGCAGGGAGACAACACGCACCAUGGAUUCUCACGGAGGACACUACCUCAACAAAGAAGCUGUGCUGUCACCUUUAGGUGCAGCCCGAAUGUGCCAACUGCUACUCGGUUGCACCAUAAUGGCCCUUGUGUCCCACAGCGCAGGCUACAGCGCCUCCUACGGACAUUUCUGCAUGUUCGUGUGGUGCUUCUGCUUUGCUGUCACACUGAUUGUGUUCACCUUGGACAUCACGCGGCUCCACACAUGCAUGCCCAUUUCCUGGGAUAACUUCACUGUGGCCUUUGCCAUGCUGGCAACACUCAUGUACAUCACUGCCUCUGUGGUCUACCCUGUUUACUUCCUCCAAACAGAGUGCCCUGAUGAGGGCUGUGAAGUCCAAAUGUACCGCAUUGCUGUCACUGUCUGCUCCAGUGUCUGCUGCUUUCCCUACGGUGCUGAGGUGUUCCUAACUCGAGCCAAGCCGGGAGCUGUGGUGGGUUACAUGGCCACUGUGUCCGGUCUACUCAAGGUGGUCCAGGCUUUUGUGGCCUGCAUUAUUUUCGGGGCCUUGGCUAAUGACAGUGAGUACACCCUCUACAUUGCCACCCAGUACUGCGUGGUGGUGUACAGCCUGUGCUUCUCUAUCACUGUGAUAGUGGUCAUACUGACAGUUUCUGGUAGGACCUCUGCCCUGCGGUUCCCCUUUGACCGGUUUGUGGUUGUCUACACCUUCUUCGCUGUGAUUCUUUACCUCAGUACAGCACUGAUCUGGCCCAUCUUCAGCUUUGACAAAAAGUAUGGCAACACUACUCGUCCUGAGGACUGCCCACGUGGAGAAUGUCCAUGGGACAGUAAGCUAGUGGUGGCCGUGUUCACCAACGUCAACAUGAUCCUAUAUUUUGUAGACCUUGUUUACUCUCAGAGGAUUCGCUUUGUCUCCAGCUCUGCUGUGUGAAAAAUGUAGCCCUCUAAAGACUGUUUAGAUUUAAAGACAAAUAAAGAAUCUUUGAGGCCACAUCCAUAAUGCUCUACACAGUCAGGUCUCUGUGAAGGACUCAUUCCCUUGGAUCCAUCUAAUAUCAGUAUUCAUCACCUAUUCUUUUAUAAAACUGACAGGAUUACCCUAUUCUACAAACUUAAAACGCCUUUCCCCAGUUCUGCAGUGACCUACCAGGAAGAGACUGCCAGGUGACAUCCCUCUGCUCCAGAUUCCUUUGGUGGUUGCCUGCAGAACGGACCUAUGGGAGUAUGGGAUAAUGUUUAGAAUAUCAAAACAGUGUUAUGUCAGUCAGAGUACAAAGGCAAUUUAUUUAUGUAUUAGUAUAUGUAUUAAAAUGGAUGUAAACACUAAAAUGGAUGAAGAUAUAUCAUAGCGAUGAAUAGCAUAUGUUAAGUCUACACAGUAUGCACUUGGUUUCGGCUUUCCUGCCAUUUUGCUGUUUUUUCCCCCACAUCUUGUUCUUAUAUAGGCUAUGUAAUAAUAAUAUAAAAACAUAGUAAUAUUGAAGUUCAUUAGGAUUUUCCUGCCAUCCAUUGAAUGUUAAAUGUAUUAGAUAUAUGAUUUUUUUAAUGGCAAAACUUUGACAGUAUCACAGUAUUUUAUUUGGUAUAAACACAAUCAUGUAGUGGAAUAUCAAUUAUUUUGCUAUAUUUCUGAUAUGUGCCAUGUUUAACAAAAGAUUUAACAGUAUGUUUUGUUAGUCUUUUUGAUUUCUGUACCCUUUGCUUUGUAUGAAGUAACGCUAGGUUUUAAUUGAUAUGUGAACCUUCACUCUCAACUUUCAAAAGAAAGAUUUACACAGUGACAUCAUAAAUCUCAUUUGUAUAUUGGCAAAUGUUCAAAUCAAAAUUGGUCAAGUUGAUUGCUGAAGUAUAUUUGAUUCAUAGCCUGAUUAAAUCAAAUUACCUUGAUAUUUCAGUAUUUGAUAGUGCACUAGUCAUUUAUAAAUCAUGUUGUUGUCUAGGCUACAGUGUUAGAAAAGUUUCCUGAAAGGCAUUUUGUCAGAUUCCUAGGAUUACACACAAAAGGACAGGCUUUUCUUAUCAAUAUCAAGUGUAUUCCGUUUGCUUCAUACCUUAUUUAAAUGUUCUUUGUUGUAAUGUGUUGACCUUGGUGAAGGCCAA